CACGAUAGCGCCCCGGUACAAGGGGGCUCGAUGGCAGCUGCCCAAGGCUCGGCAACACUGCCGGUGGCUUCCGGUGUCACAGCCCCCAAGAUUGGGCCAUCCACUGCUCACGCCAUGAUUCCGCCCCUCGUUCGGGAAAACAGCCAGCCCCGCGCGACCCAGCUGCGAGGGAGCGGGCGCCGGUUGCUGGAAAAACAGACAAGUGGGAAGAGCAAUACGAUCUUUCCUCGGUUGACGAGAGAAUCGAGUGGUCGAGAUCGGUCGUCCCAGCCAGACACGAGCGGUCGGGAGCGGUCCCAGCGAAGCAGCUUACAACCUCAAACGGGACACGAUUCCAACUGGAGCAUGCACGGCGUCGACUUGAAAAGCUCGAGCGGGACCACCGCGGCCAAGCUCGCCGAGUACGUGGAAAACAGGGAGCAGCGAGCCAUCAUGGCAUGGCGACUCGGCGACUACGUCUUGGCCAAGUGCCACAGCAGCGACGAGUAUUUUGCAGGGCACAUCCUGGACAUUGACGACGGAGAUGACGGGAAAACAGACUGCCACCACGAUAGCACGUCGACGCUCGGCGCGGCACCGCGGGGCCGAUCCGUAUCCAUACUCUUUGACGACCUGACUCUCGACAAGCACGUGCCUCUCGAGAACAUUCAGACGAUCUUGGGACAGGACUUUGACAUGGAGCUCCAGUUUGUGCCCAUGGAAGACCAUAAAGACGACGACAGCGAAGGGUCUGUCGUCCCGGAUGCCGCACAAGUCGCGGCGUCGCAAAACGAGAUUGGCAUCGAUGCACACGUCCUCGCACACAUCAAGAUGGCUCUUCCAUCGCCCAAUUCCAAGCCAUCGCUCCAUCAGGACAAAGCAAACCCCGCGCCAUAUACUCUCCACCGAUCCGUCGCCGUGGUGUACGAUGACCAAGCUAUCCAUCGCGGUGGCUUGUCCACGGCUGAAAUCGCCGUGUACUCAAAGACGUCGAGCGGCCAGUCGGAAGCGCUGCGGGACGCGGCGGACCAGACUCUCCGACGCAUGCACGCCACGUAUAUGAAAAUGAAACAGAUUGGGACCCGCCAAAGCUCGAACAACGACCUGGACGGUCCACCACCGCCUGGUGCGUCGACGCGCCGCGGCUCGUCGUCCAAGCAAAUGGCGCUGCUGCCACCAAAUGCUGACCACCCGACCACCGACGCGAUUCCGCGCAAGCAUGUGCUGGUUCAUGCACUGCCCCUGUGCUACUUUGGCUCGAUCCAGCCCCAUCCCAAAGGCCACCCCGCGCCAAACGACGCCGUCGUCGUCCAGGAUCUCGACCAGAAACUCCAUGACAAGGUCGCUCCUGCCAAGUGUCAGCCGUGCGACCCCACAGCGGACCUCUUUGAGCAGUACGUCGAGCUCGCAAAGGUCCACGACCUGGUGUACCCCGGCGCCAAAGUGCUCAGUUGGGUGCGCGACCAACUCGUGCCAUGCACCAUUCGCCGCCGGCGGUGUGCCACGGCAUUUGAUGUCAAAGUUGACGGGGAGCACGACGCACUGACGAGCAUUCCUCUCGAGCACUUGGUCGCGGUGCCGAGGUCCCAGUCGAAUGCGAUCACAGCCACCAACGACGUUGAGAUUGACGUGGCAGGGCAAACGUUUUGCGUCCACGAACGGAUCAUCGUGCACGACCUUGAGCUGGGCGUGUCCAACCACGGGUACAUCGUCGGCAUCAAUUCGAAUCGCACGGUGUUUGUCGAGUACGACAACGGCGAAGUCGACUCGUCCGUGCCGUCUGUGUUUCUGCGCAAAGCGGACUCGAGCAGCCGGGAAGCGGGCGCGUUCCUCAUGUCGCUCGAUAUCCACCAGACAUUUGGCAUGGGGGCGACGGAAGAAGGGUUCAACAUUGACGAUUGGGUGACGGCCACGCACCCCAUGAGCAACCUCCUGGAGAAGGGCCGCGUGUGCAACGUGCAUAACGCGCACAACACUUGCGACAUUCAAUUCGCCGACGGUGUGAUCCUCAAGCAGGCAUCGUUCCACACCCUCCAGCACGCCGCCGUGCCCGCGACCAAGAAGCCGCCCGCGUUUCUUCCUCUGGACCACGUGCUAGCGUACAGCCCCCGCUUUGCCAAGUAUUGCACGGGCCAGAUCCAAGCCGUGGCCGCUGCGACCAACGCUUACCGUGUUGUGUAUGACUACGGCGAAACCUACGACGGCGUGCCGUACGACUACAUCGCGCCCAUCACAGACACCACAGGUACAAGCGAUCGAGUUGUGUGGCUAACGACGUGAGGCAGUGCUGAGCCCGAAGAAGCGGUUUACGCGCAAUUGGAAGAGCGCGAGCGGGUACGAAGGCGGGUCGAGCGCCGACACCACAUUGUGCCAUGGAGACAUGACCCUCCAUCGCAUCCACUGCGUGCCCCAUGCGCCGUUGGACGACAGGAAACAUCACACGUUCACGAGCCAGACCAAGUUUGCAAUCGGCGAAGCGGUCAUGGCCCCCGUUGGCGCCAAGUAUUUCAUGGCGAUCGUGUCCCGGCCGGUCCUCCCGACGCAAACGUCGGUCGACGUUAUGUUUGCAUCGACCGAGACCGGGCUCGCGAUUCCCGUCGACAAGGUGUUUUCGAUCGACCAGCGCCACGAAAACCCCGUGGUGUUUCAAUGCCCGACGAAUCGAAGAAAGUCAGCAUCGCCGACAAGGCCGACCCAAGCCGCGGCAUCGUCGUUUCGACAGGCUGCUCCCGGCCCGUCCAUCCUGACCCGCAUGCGUACGAUGCUGUUUUCCAAAGGAAAUAAGUUAUAAGGCGCCUUAUGAACCACCUCGCGUUGUCCCACUGAGACACAUG